CGGGGAGACCACAGCAAAAGCAACAGACUGUGGUUAUUUAUUUAUUUUAUUUGUUGCUUAAAAAGUUUAUUUGUGCUUUCAGUGACAUUGUCGAUCUACGAAAAAAUUGCAUCAAAAGUAGGAAAUGGAAAUAUUAUCGCAAGAUGAAACGAAGCCAGCCUCCACACUGUCAGUUUUUAGUUACAUCCCACCAAGAAGGACUGAUCCGAAGGAGCUGACGUACUUCAAUUGUGACUCCAAGGCUCAGGAGACCUUCAUGUAUGACUGCAUAAACCGCCGAUCGGAGGGCUACGAUAACAAGCUGCACAGGGAUGACAGAGAACACGCCAAAGGCAGAGGACUGGAAAUCCACCGGGAGGAGCUGUCAAGACCCAUAGCGGUUCGAUCAUCUUCAGAAUAUGGGAGGCGUCCACCUUUCCUGAUGUACAAGCCAGAUCGGCAGUUUGUCCGUGUCGCACACGUACGCUCGGAAUUCUUCCGGAAAAAUGGAAUUACUCAGUCUGUUGCUGAGGGGUAUGGAUCUGUCUCUCCUGUCUGAGUCUUGUGUGUGCGAAACUUAUGCUGAAAUUUGUGCACACAAUCACACACACUGUUUGCAAUCAUUAAAAUAAUUAUGUAAAGUUAUCAGUCUUUUAUGACAUAUAUAACAAACUAUAGCAUUCUGUUGAUGAGGGGUAUGGAGGGGUAUAGAUAUGUCUCUCCUGUCUGAGACUUGUGUGAAACAUAUGCACGCAAACUCACACACACACAUUGCAUUUCUUUGAAUGCAAUCAUUAAAAUAAUUAUGCAAAGUCUUUUAUGACACAUAUAGCUGUCGUUGACAAAUAAAGGCGGCUUUGUGAAUUACAUUUACGUCUUUUUUUGUUUGCAAUGUUUGCUGCUCAUUUCCAUUAAACCUAAUUGGAGUGUGGCUUGGAGAGGUUUUCCUUUAUGUAAAUUUUUUGUCCCGUUGUGUUUGUUGGUUUGCUGUGCCUACAGCGACCCUCUAAUACAGCGAGUUCUGAUUUGAUUACCAUAGCUUAAAGUGAUGUUUUGAGUUCUGUGUUUAUCACAUUUCUUGUAAUUGCAGAAAUACUGAAAAACAGCUCUGAGAGACAAAUGUACAUUGGGGGAAAACAAUGUGCCUCUCGAAUUGUCACAUGUGAAUGCAAGAACUAUGUAGAACCAUUAUGUUUUUCAUUUCUCCAGUAGAUGUUGUUUGAUGGAGCUGCUAGUGAAUAUGACCAAAGGGCAUCAUUAUUUUUCGUAAACAUAUGCAAGAUGUUAUACAGUGUAUUAAAAAAAGAAAAUAAGUCAAUAUAUCCAUAAAUAUGUGUCCUCAUAUUUUAUUAUGGUACUUGGGUAUAAAGUUUUUAAUCAUAUUAUUGAGUUCACCAUACGAAUCUAAUUCCACAGUCUUUGUGGCAGUACCUGAUAUCUAUACCUUUAUUCUUAGUUAAUCCAUGAAUCUCAUUCAUUCGACAGCAGGCAAUGCAUUUCAUAUCUCAAGAAGGCAAGGAAUGUCAUAUGUACAAACUUUUAAUGAAUAGGCUUUACAAAACAAUGUCAUUAAAAC